AUGAAUACUCUUGCCCUUGCCCGCUAUUCCCAUCGCCUAUACUCCACAAUGUCGCAGCCCAUCUCGUCGCCGUUCACGCGGGCAGUGGUGAGCUCCAUGAGGAAGCUCUACCCCGAGUCCCUUGCAGAAAAGAGCUGGGAUAACACCGGCCUCCUCCUCGAAGCCCCCUUCAACCACACCCGCAGACAGAAGAACUCGGUCCUCCUAGCCAUCGACCUCACCACAGCAGUCGCCGAUGAAGCAAUUGCCCGUCGAGACUCCAUAGUGGUAGCCUACCACCCGAUCAUCUUCCGCGGCCUGAAAUCGCUCACCUUCAACGAUCCUCAACAAUCCACCCUCCUCCGUCUCGCCACAGAAGGCAUCAGCGUGUACUCCCCGCACACGGCCAUCGACGCCACCCCCGGCGGCAUGGCCGACUGGCUGUGCGACAUCGUGACCGGCGCAAUCGCGCCGACCAGCGCCUCGAAGCCCUCGAUCCAAAAGUCCUCCUCAGCACACUACUCGCACCUCACGUUCCCGCACCCCCAGCCCGCCACGCCCGCCACACCCGUCCCCCACGUCCGAAACACCAUCAUCCCGUCUCCCCCGCCCGUCCCCGAGGGCAUGGAAUCCGCCGGAAUGGGCCGCAUCGUCACCUUCGACGAGCCGCAGCCUCUCACCGCCAUCGUGGAUCGCAUCGCCCAGGGCGUCGGAUACCCCGGCGGUAUUCCCAUCGCUAUCCCGCAGACGGCCACCGUCGAGGAUCUGAAGAUCCGUACCGUGGGCGUGUGUCCCGGGUCCGGGUCCAGUGUGCUGCUCAAGGGUACCGGUGGUAAGAUCCCAGAUGUGCUCUUUACCGGAGAGUUGAGUCACCAUGAAGCCUUGGCCGCUGUUGAGCGCGGCUCUGUCGUCAUUGCCCUGGCCCAUACGAAUACUGAGCGGGGGUACCUCCGUGCCGUGAUGCGGGAGAAGCUCGCCCGUGCGGUGCAGACGGAGUGGGAGGCGCAGCGCGCAGAGGGGUUGAAGGAUAGCAGCAGCAGCAGCAGCAGCAGCAGUGCGGCGGACUCGGACCUGAAACAGGCUUUCGAUGAUGCAGAGUGUAUCGUUGAUGUCAGUGAGCGCGAUCGCGACCCUUACGGCAUCAUGAUCCGGCAGGUGUAACUGCAGCCCUACAGGUAGGUAGUAUACAUAAAACCAGAGCAAUACACAUAUAGAGUCC